AUGGGAAGAUGGAUCAAAAUAGAUGGACAUGAUAUCAGAUCUCUUAAUUUGAGACACUUCCGAGAAUGCAUUGGUGUGGUCAGUCAGGAACCAGUUUUAUUUGGGACAACAAUUAGAAACAAUAUAAGGUAUGGGCAAGAGGAUGUAACUGAUGAAGAAAUUGAGAAGGCAACAAAGGAAGCAAAUGCAUAUGAUUUUAUAAUGGAUCUUCCUGAAAAAUUUAAUACCCUUGUGGGAGAAAGAGGAGCACAAAUGAGUGGAGGCCAGAAACAGAGAAUAGCUAUUGCUCGAGCUUUGGUGCGCAACCCUAAGAUUCUCCUUUUAGAUGAGGCCACAUCUGCCCUGGAUACAGAAAGUGAGGCAGUUGUCCAAGCUGCACUGGAAAAGGCCAGCAGAGGUCGAACCACAAUUGUUAUAGCUCACCGGCUUUCCACCAUUCAGACAGCAGAUGAAAUCAUGACCAUAGUGGGUGGCACUGUGGCUGAAAGAGGAACACAUGCAGAGCUGAUGGAGAAAAAGGGGCUAUAUUAUUCACUUGCAACAGCACAGUCAAUUAAAAAAGCAGAGUACAGUGAAGAAUCAGCAGAAACAGUUCCCAUAAAAAAUCAUGAAGAAACACCACCCAGCAACAGCUUGAUCUCUGAAAAAGCAAGUAUAAAACAUAUUCCACAAAAGGUGUCUGAAGAAGAAGUCAAACCUGAAGAGGAACAUCUGCCCCAAGUUUCUUUGCUGAAACUUUUUAGAUUAAACAAAUCUGAGUGGCCUUUGAUUGCAAUAGGGACGCUGGCUGCCAUUAUAAAUGGAGCAUGUUCCCCUGUCUUUGCUGUCAUAUUUGGUAAAAUUGUAACAAUUUUUGAAAUAAAAAAUGUCAGUACCUCAUACAAAGAGCAGAUCCAACAUGAAGCUAACAUUUUGUCCAUCAUAUUUGCUGGGAUAGGUGUUGUUUCCUUUCUGACUUAUUUCUUUCAGGGAUUCCUUUAUGGGAGAUCAGGAGAAAUCCUAACAAUGAGAUUAAGGCAUAUGGCAUUUAAAGCCAUGCUGCGACAGGACAUCUCUUGGUUUGAUGAUAAAAAAAAUAGCACUGGAGCUUUGACAACAAGAUUGGCCACAGAAGCAGCACAAGUUCAAAUGGCAGUAGGCUCAAGACUUGGUGUAAUAGCACAAAACAUUUCCACCAUGGGAUUGUCCAUCAUCAUUUCUUUUAUAUAUGGAUGGGAGAUGACUCUGCUGAUCCUAGUGAUUGCUCCCGUGCUUACAGUAACUGGAAUGCUGGAAGUUUCUGCACUGACUGGAUUCGCCAACCGAGACAAAAAAGAAAUGCAAAGAGCUGGGAAGGUAGCAAUAGAAGCUGUGGAGAACAUUCGAACAGUUGCUUCAUUAACUAGAGAGCGUGCUUUUGAAAAAAUGUAUGAAGAAAAUAUGCAGAAGCCAUAUAGAAAUGCUCAAAAGAAAGCUCAGAUCUACGGUUCCUGUUACGCAUUCAGCCAGGCUUUUCUGUAUUUCACCUAUGCUGCAGGCUUUCGAUUUGGGGCAUAUUUAAUUACAGCUGGAAGAAUGACCCCUGAGGGCGUUUUCGUGGUUUUUACAGCAAUUGCAUACGGUGCAGUGGCAGUAGGUGAGACAUUGACCUUUGUACCUGACUAUGCCAAAGCCAAAUCUGGGGCUGCGCACCUGUUUGCUCUGUUCGAAAGGACUCCAGCCAUUGAUAGCUACAGUGAAGAAGGAGAUAAACCAGACACAUUCAGUGGAAGGUUAGAAUUCCAUGAAGUCACUUUCAUUUAUCCAACUCGCCCAGAUGUUCCCAUCCUGCAGGAUUUGUCUCUUACAAUUGAACGGGGACAGACUGUGGCAUUUGUUGGAAGCAGUGGAUGUGGGAAAAGCACUUCUGUUCAGCUCCUGCAGAGGUUUUAUGACCCUCUGAAAGGGCAAGUGCUAUUUGAUAGCACUGAUGUGAAGCAUUUGAAUGUACAGUGGCUACGCUCUCAAAUAGGAAUAGUAUCCCAAGAGCCAGUGCUCUUUGAUUGCAGCAUUGCUGAAAAUAUUGCCUAUGGAGAUAACAAUCGGACUGUGCCAAUGGAUGAGAUAAUAGCAGCAGCAAAAGCAGCAAAUAUCCAUAUUUUUAUAGAAGAACUCCCCGAGAAAUACAACACACGAGUUGGAGAUAAAGGAACGCAGCUCUCUGGUGGCCAGAAACAACGAAUAGCCAUUGCAAGGGCUCUUAUCCGACAACCAAAAAUGUUGUUGUUAGAUGAAGCCACUUCAGCACUUGACAAUGAAAGUGAAAAGGUGGUACAACAAGCCCUUGAUCAGGCACGGAAAGGAAGGACCUGCAUUGUGAUUGCUCACCGACUGUCAACCAUACAGAAUGCAGAUAUCAUUGUUGUAAUUAACAAUGGAAAAAUAAUAGAAUCAGGAACUCAUCACCAGCUAAUGGCAAAGCAGAAAGCAUAUUUUAAUUUAGUAAAUGCACAAACACUUCUCUAAAACAAGGAUGGCCUGAAGCCAUCUUUAGAAAUGAGAUGUCAGGAAAAAAAAAAGUACUGUCAUGUGUGGUCUGACGUUGUGGUUUUACAGGUAACUUUCUUC